AUGCUAUAUCUAAAUAAUAUCACAUUCUUGAACUUGUAAAAAUACUGGAACAUUGAUUUGUUAAUGCAGCAACUUACGAUUUAUUAGUAGCAAGGAACUUAUGCCAACAUGAUUAACUUACUAUAGGAUCCUGUCUCAGUUUUCGCUUAUCGUAAGUAGUUCCCAGAUAUGACAAUAUUUCUUAACAUUCAGGAACUAGGAAUAGACGUUUCACUCAAUAUACCAAAUCCUAAUCAGAUAUAAUCUUGGAAGCUCUAGGGUAUCUACUAACAGUUACUGGCUUCAAGUCCUAUAAUUACCUCUGUAAAUGAUAUUCUCUGUCAAGUUGCUUAAAAUAUACAGCUUAAGUAUAAGUUUUACGAAAUAGUGAAGAUUACAUAAGUCUAAAAUCCUAUAACAUUGAUGACUAUGGAUCAGAUAGAAGUGAUAAUGGAUGUGAGAUAGCUAGUAGAUGGGCAGAGAUAUAUAUUAAAAGUAGUUGAAGCAAUGAUAGAGCCCUAGAAGUAAAUUCAAUAGAUAGUACCUUAAUUACCGACAGCUAUUCCUCCUGCUAAGACAGAUCUAGCUCCUCUUAAAAGUGAUCUACAAAAAUUAGCUAAUUAAGAUUAACUAGCAAAUUAGGCUAAGAGUAAUUAGAAUUAACCUCAAUCUCAAAAUCGAAAUUAAGCCUAAGCUGAUAUCUUUAAGCCAAAACAGAGUUCUAAGCCAGCAAGUCAAAAUUCUUAAAAUAACAAAUCGAAUGCAACUACAACAGAGAAAGUAUUAUUGUAGAAAUAGACAUUGUAAUAAUAGCUAUAGUAAAUUAAACCUAUAUUUGAGGAAGUCAAUAGACACUCUUCUCUGGGUGAAGAAUAUUCAAAUUACGAAAAAAUUGAAGCAUAAAAAAAUAUCCAAUAAUUGAUAAAUUAAAAACCAAACUCCAGCAAUUUAAAUUAAAAAUAAGGAUAGGGGAAAGACCAACUGUUUAAUAAAGUUUAGUAGUUAGUUGAGCUCUAAUAGAAAUGCUAAACUAUAGUUCAAAAUAGAGAUGAGUGCAUUAAAGAAGAGGCUUCAACAGCCUAGUCUAGUUUUACUUACUAAGAUGAAACUAACAAAGAAGUCAAAAUUAAUCCUUAGUUGAUUAAGCAAAUUUAAAGUUAUAAUGGAAUUUUGAGUCCUAUUCCAAACUCGAAAUUCAAGCCUGAAAAUAUUCUAAACAAAUAGCAAUUUUAAAGGAUUAAAACGGAACAAGGUGAAGAGGAUGCAUCAAAACCUUUUCAAUUCGUGAGGUACUCAAAGGAGGAAAUGGAGGUUUAACACUUGAGGAAUUUUGUACCCUUUUUUCCUUUAACUCCAGUGCCUUUUAAUAUGGGUCCAAAUUUAAAGCGAAAGUAUCAAUCUGAUUUGACUGUUGAUACUCCAGAAUUUGAAGAUUUUGCAAACGACAUUUAAGAACUAAAUAAUAGGGACUCAUUGAUAUAAAAAGUAAAGCAGCUGUCUAUAUAAAGAGGUUUUAAACUGAAUCCACAUAACCUAACCUAUAGUUGCAUACAGUUUACUUGUACUAAGAUUUGCAAGAUUCGGCAUGAAGAUCAAAACUCACAAUCUAAUUUAGAAACAAUAACCUGCCCAUUUCAAGUUGUAUAUGAUAGGACUCUUGAGAGCGAGAUUUCAACUUAUUUAGACGAAACUACUCAAUAAGAAACUAGCUAGAUGCUGUUAAAGAGGCUUGGAACAUAUUUUCUGCACAGAUAUAGGUCAUAUCAUAAUCAUGAUCUGGAUUUGAAUCUUAUAUACUCAGAUUUGGCUGAAUAAGUACCUUAAGUAGCUAAAGUUGGCAAAGCAAAUCUAAGUAUAAACAAACAGACAAAGAUGUAUGACUAUGCAAUGGAGGUAAACAGAGAUCUGAUUUACGGUUCUAAAAAUUUUGAGAAGUACGCUGUUGACAAUACAGGCAGUCGGUAUAUUUGGUUUUUAAGUCAGACUAACUCUAAGCUUGUUGCUUUCAAGGACUAGGAUCCUUAGCACAUCUAAGAGGCAGAUGAUAAUGACCAUUUCAGCAGUUAGAUUGGAGAAAGACCAUACGCUGUAUUUGACAUAAUUCUUCAAAGUUGCAUCAACAAGAUAAGAAAGUAAAAGAUCGAUUUGAGUAAAAUGAAGUUGAAAAGGAAGAGAAAUCUUAACAGUAAUUUGACUUUAGAAGCUAUUCUAGGCAAAAGACACGAAAGAUUUGAAAGUGAGGAAGAAGAGCUAAAUCAGAUAUAGAAUCAGACACAAUAGGUAAACAAUAGUAACAACGGCACUAAUAACUAAGCUUCAGGUAAUGCAAAUUCAGUGUAUUCUAGUCACUAUAAAAAGCAUUAACUUCAAAUGAGAAGGAAAACCUACGAGGAAUUGAUAUUGGGAACAAGUGAUGAAGGUGAUGAUAAUAAAAUAUACCAGUCAUACUAUUGA